AUGUCGAAGAAGUCAAUGACGGUUGCAAUGGAAACGACAACGAUCAUGGUGAAUGAACCACACGAAGACUGUGCGAAGAGCAUCCAUGUUGCGACGGAUACUCAAACAUUGCCUUCUGAAGAAUGUUACGAUGAUUUGCCAAAAAUUGAUGAAGUUUUGAGAAUGCCAAAUGAGGAUAUUUAUCUGCCAAAUGGAUAUCCGACAUGGAUGGAAUAUAUCGAACCGAAUUUUGACGAUGUUGAAGGAGUUGAGGCUCCUUGUCCAGUUGGAAGCGAACAUAUCGAAAUGUUUCAUGAGAAGAAAUUCAAAAUGAAAUUUCCGCCGACUGGGUCUAUUCAUUUGGACGAAAGCCUGCCACUAGCAACUUUAAUGUCUCGCGACGAAACGUACUUUUCGUCUGAAAUUAUCUUCUGUAACACUCUUCGGAGUUUAAUCAAUAUUUCCGGUGCGGAUUAUUUGAAAAACGACAAAAAUGGAAUGGACAUGGCUGAAAUGAAGACACAAUGCGAAGUGGAUAGAAAUUCGAUUACAAUUAUUGAUCCGAUCUUUAAUUUAUGCUAUAGCUAUUCGGCAAGUUAUCUCAUAUUAUUGAAUGUAAAACGGACGGGAUCUAGAGAGAAAAUCCGAUAG